UUUAUAAGGGCUUGUUGUUGGAUUUCAUUCUUCAGGCUGGUGGAAGGCUGUUAAACAUUCCUAGAAGAUACCCAGAAAUACUCAUUCUCUGAAGACGAGACCUUGUCAGACUUUCCAAAUUUUGUUAUUCCAGAUAUUUAUCCAAAGAUUUCAGGCUCAGAAAAAGUGUGACCAUGGAUGAAUCAUCUGAGUGGAAGGUGUUCUAUGACUCUGUUCAUGGCCACAUUGCGUUGGACCCUCUGCUGGUGAAAAUAAUUGACACUCCUCAGUUUCAGCGCUUGAGGAACAUCAAACAGCUUGGUGGAGACUAUUUUGUCUUUCCAGGAGCUUCUCACAAUCGCUUUGAGCACUCGAUUGGUGUGGCUCAUCUGGCAGGGAAGCUUGUCCAAAAUCUGAGAACUGAUAAGAGUUUGGAUAUAACUGAUACUGAUGAGCUUUGUGUGAAGAUCGCAGGAUUGUGUCAUGACCUAGGUCAUGGCCCGUUCUCUCAUGUGUUUGAGGGAUUUAUGAAGGAACUGAACCCAAAAUCAAACUGGAAGCAUGAAGAGAUGUCAGUCAGGAUGUUUGAUUACCUGAUUGAAGAGAAUGGCAUUGGUGAGGUCAUGAGAAAUGAAUACAAAUUUAAGAGCAAAGACUUCCAGUUUAUCAAGGAGCUUAUCUACGGUCCCAAUCCACCCAACAGCAAGAACCCUGAAGAUUCUCAUUCUGCCCAAGAUCCCCAGGAAAGUCUGCAGUUUCUUGGUUGCAUCACACAGUGGGCAUAUAAAGGAAGGACAAGGGAGAAGUCCUACCUGUAUCAGAUUGUGAACAAUCAGACAACCGGCAUUGAUGUUGACAAAAUGGACUAUUUUAGUCGGGAUUGCCACCACCUGGGUAUUAAAUGUAACUUCUCUCAUGAACGUUACCUGGUUUUUGCAAGAGUUUGCAUUGAUGAGGAACUCGGAGCUCAGAUCUGCAUUAGAGACAAGGAAGCGAUGAACAUGUACGAACUCUUUCACAUUCGCAGCCACCUGCACCAUAACUUCUACCAUCACCGGGUUACAAAGGCUGUGGAAAACAUGAUAGUGAAUGCUCUCAUAGCAGCUGAUAAAAAGCUCGCCAUCUCGGCUGCAGUAAAAGAUCCCAGCGCUUACAUGAAACUCACAGAUUUCAUUCUCCAACAAAUUCUAGACUCAACAGACCCAGAGCUCUCAACAGCACGGGAAAUCGUUGAGAGACUUUCUAAACGAGAUCUUUACAAGUUUAUUGAUGGUAAAACCUGUAAGCCUAAAGAUGUGAAACACUUGGACAGCGCUGAGAAGUGGAAGGCAAAGCUGGUGGCCUGGGUGGAACAUGCCAAGAAAGAGGCUGGCGGACAACAGACACAGUUCACUGCAGAGGAUUUUAUCAUUAUGCCUGUCAAAAUAAAUUAUGGCAAGAACGAAGACAAUCCAAUUGGCUGCCUGCGAUUCUACAAGAAAGAUAAAACAGACAAACCGAUACGACUGUCCAAAGAUGAGGUCUCUUACCUCCUGCCUGAGAAAUUUGCUGAAAUCAAAGUCAUGGUUUUCUACAAAGGAAAGGACAAACUUGGGGUGGAUCUGAUGAAGACACACAGCGAAAAACUGUGGGAGGAGCUGCAGAAAGCUCCUAAAGAUCAGUAAGAGGCUCCUCUCUCAAACAGGCAGUCACACUUUCAUGUCUUGUGUGUUUC